AUGUCUUACCAAAGAGCACGGAAUCUAACAAUGGGGGAGUUUACUACUAGACCCACUUUGCACGAAGAAGAAAAUGCCAGUAGUAGCACAUCACAAGAUAUUCCUGUCGAUCCAUUUGAUGUUUCGCCUAUAAGUGAGCUGCCAUUUGAACUUCGCCUGAAUUAUUCCCAAACUCCCCUGCCACAAGAUCAAUAUGGACGUCCUUUUGUUGUUAAUGGAGACUACAGUGAUAAUUCUUUUAACUACGUCAACUCCUCAUCGUCGUCGUCGUCUAUGGCUAAUGUAUUCAAUAACCCACCUAGGCUGGGAUCAGCAAGAGCAGGAUUAAAUGCCAAAUACCUGCAAAACCCUAUAAGGAAUGAAAACUUGUCAAUUAAUCAGCCACCUGCUUAUGAUCGAUACCCAGUUAUCAAGGACUCAGAAAAUAAUUCAAUAACCCUGUCACGAUCACAACUGCAGCUACCGCAGGGAGCACCUUUAGCAGAUCAACUAAAUCACAAGCUACAAUCAUCAUCAUAUUCUUCUGGGGGAUCAAAUGGUGAUACAAAGUAUCCUGUGUCGUACAAAUUCACUGAGUUUAGUCCAUUUGGCGGGUUCCCAGCUUCUUCCUUUCCUUUGAGUAUAGAGGAAAAAGAGCCCGAUGAUGAUUUGCAUAAUCCAAAUCCAGUCAAAGAUGCCGAGUACGAAAAGAACCGGUUCUGGUACGAUUUAAAACAAGGUGACAGGAGAUCAUAUUUUGGAGUUUUUGGGUUUUUAUUUCUUAUUGCUGCUGCGGUUGCUGUUUUCGUCAUUUUACCAGUAUUGACUUAUUCUGGUGUCACUGAUAACAAAGUGGUGCCUGAAACGUACGAAAUCUUGACCCAUUAUUCAUAUCCCAUGUUGAGCGCCAUACGAACAAGCUUGGUUGACCCCGAUACUCCAGAAGACGCAUUAACUCUAGAGUCUAAAAGUGGUGACAAAUGGCAAUUGGUGUUUAGUGAUGAGUUCAAUGCCGAAGGUAGAACAUUCUACGAAGGUGACGACCAAUUCUUUACUGCACCUGAUUUACAUUACGAUGCUACAAAAGACUUGGAGUGGUAUGAUCCCGAUGCAGUGACAACCUCCAAUGGUACAUUGGCCCUCCGUAUGGAUGCUUUUAAAAAUCAUGAUUUGUUUUAUAGAUCCGGAAUGGUGCAAUCAUGGAAUAAAAUGUGCUUUACUCAAGGCAGGAUUGAGAUUUCAGCAAGACUACCUGAUUAUGGAUACGUUUCCGGACUAUGGCCAGGUUUGUGGACAAUGGGUAAUCUAGGUCGUCCAGGUUACUUGGCUACAACAGAUGGUGUUUGGCCAUAUUCUUACGAUUCGUGUGAUGCGGGCAUCACGCCGAAUCAGUCAUCACCAGAUGGCAUUUCAUAUUUACCAGGCCAACGUUUGAAUAAAUGUACAUGUUCGGGAGAGUCACAUCCCAACCCUGGUGUUGGAAGAGGUGCCCCAGAAAUCGAUCUUAUUGAAGCUGAAAUAAUGGUUGACAGCAAAAAUAUCAAACCAAAUAAUGGUGUUGCGUCCCAAUCACUUCAACUUGCGCCAAUGGACAUUUGGUAUAUGCCGGAUUAUGAUUUUAUUGAAAUCUACAACUACUCCGUCACCACCAUGAAUACCUAUACUGGGGGGCCCUUCCAGCAGGCCUUCUCAGCUACAACUACACUAAAUAGAACAUGGUACGAAAAAGGUAAUGCCUAUGAGCAUAACUUUCAGGUUUACGGUUAUGAAUAUCUCAACGAUGACGAUGAUGGUUAUUUACGUUGGUAUGUCGGUCGUGAUCCAACACUUACAGUAUACCCUACAGCUUUACACCCUAGUGGAAACAUUGGAUGGAGAAAGUUGUCAAAAGAGCCAAUGUCGAUUAUUAUGAAUCUCGGUGUUUCUAAUAACUGGGCUUACAUUGAUUGGGGGGAAAUUUCGUUUCCAGCUACUUUUAGAAUUGAUUAUGUUAGGAUAUACCAGCCACUGGAUGCGAUAAACACUGGAUGCGAUCCUGAGGAUUAUCCCACAUAUGAUUAUAUCCAACAACAUUUGAACAUUUAUGAAAACGUGAACUUGACAAGUUUUGAAGAUGGCGGAUACAAGCUUCCAAAGAAUACUCUAACUGGAUGUUGA